AAUGAGUCACAUACCGGGCAGGAGAGGCAACUACGCGCUUGUCAUUUGUUAGGGUUUUUGAGAAAACCAAAAAUAUAUCCCGGUACGACGGCGUCCGCCACGACGGAGCAGCGGAGAAGCAUGACAGCAAUGGAAGAGAUAGCUUCGAAGCUGAAGAAGGACCUGGAUGACCACGUCGACUCCGUCAGGGUCUCGCUCCACGCCGCAUUCGAAGGGCUCCGGGAGCGGGAGAAGGUGAUCGGGUCUCGAUUCGCUGUCUUGGAAGCAAAAGAGUCGGAAUUCGAGUCGGCGAUGGUGGUGAAAGGCAGGGAAUUGCAGGGCAUUGUGCGGGAGGUUGAAGAAGGUAAGUCCCAGUUGCAGUCUAUUAAGUUAUCUUUCGAAAAGUAUUCGGUUGAAGAAGGUAAAUUGGGAGAAUUACAGAAAUUGGUUAAGGGUAUGGAAAUGGAGUAUUAUAAUAUGCAACAACGGGUGAAACAAUUAUCGAAAGAGAUUGAGUUAAAGGAGCAGGAGAAGGAGAUCCGGUUCGCGGACUUGGAAGCCAAAGACUCGGAAUUGAACUCGGCUCUGGCGGCCAAAGGCAGGGAAUUUGAGGAACUUGUGCAGGAGGUUGAAGAAGGUACGUCCCUAUUGCAGUCUGUUAAGUUAUCUUUCGACAAGUAUUUGGUUGAAGAAGGUAGAUUAGGAGAAUUACAGAAAUUGGUUAAGGAUAAGGAGAUGGAGUAUUACAAGACACAACAUCGGAUGAAAGAAUUGUCGAAAGAGAUUGAGUCAAAGGAGCGGCAGUUAAAUGCGGUUAGGGGUAAGGUUGCGGAUCAAUGGAAAGAGUUUGAUUUGAGAGACGACGAAAUUAGAGCUAAGCAAAUAUUGAUUGAGGAAUACGACAAAGAGAUGAAGUCAAGAGAGCAUAAACUCGGUUUGAUUGAGAAAUUAAUAGUAGAAAAAACGAAUGUAGUUCAAUCGAAAAUGAAGGAUUUGUGUGAACUUCAGAAGUCAAUAGGGGUGUGGGACUGUAAACUUGAAUUGGAACUUAAAAGACGUGUUGAGAAGGUCGAAAAACAAUUUGAAUCAAAAGCCGACGAACUUAAUUUGACUGACGGGAGGGUCAAUGAUUGCCUCAAUGAGUGUCAGUUGAAAGAAAAGAAUUUGGAUUCCCGCAAAAGGCAUUUGGAUUCAGUCGACAAGUUGAUACAGGAAUCUGUGAGGCAGCUUGAACAAAAGACCAAAGAGCUUGAAUUGAAGCAACAAGAAUUUGAAAAAUCCAAAGAACAUAUUUGCACAAAUAAAUCGAAGGAGAAGACUGAUAUAUGUCAUACUCAAGUGAAGAUUGAACAAUCAGGAGAUAUCCCUGAUAACAUUGCCGUCCCUCCUUUUUGUGCAACCAAUAAUUCAAGAAUCAUUAGGGAUGGUAGGAGCUUGCAGUUUUUCAUGAAUGAUUAUUUUAGGAGAACUGAUUCAGUUUCUAUCCAAGUUUCAGCCUGUCUUCAAUUGUCAUCAGACCCAGCAAAAUUAGUUCUUGAUGCUAUGCAAGGGUUUUACCCUUCAAAUUCGACUGUGGAAAACAGGGAAUUUGAUUUUGAUUUGAGUGUAAUUAGAAGGAGCUGUAUUCAUUUGUUAAAGGAGGUAAAGAGAGUCUCACCACAAAUUAGUGAACAGGUCAGAGCAGAAGCAAAGAAGUUGGCGGGUGAAUGGAGAGCUAAGAUGACUGUGGCGGCUGAGAAUUGGUUGGAGGUUUUGGGUUUUUUGUGGCUUGUUAUGGCAUAUGACUUGAACUCUAUUUCUGACAGGGAGGAGCUUCAGUCUCUUCUCAGUAUAGCCGCUGAUCAUGAAAAAUUGUCAGAUGAAUUGUACGGGAUCCUUGACACCGCAGAUAACACACCUGCGAGCAGCAACCUUUGUUCCUCUAUCAAAACUGAUAAACCAGAAUCUCCGCUGGGAAAGAAUGCUGCAACUUGUUCUUCUCCAAAUCUUGAACUAACUGCCACCACAGAUGCUAGGAAUUUGCAGGGGGGUCCAACUUGUUCUUCUCCAAAUCUUCGUCAAACUGCCACCACAGAUGCUAGGAAUUUCCAGGGGUUAUCAAAUGAACAUUCUAGUGGGAAUCACUCAAUACAGAAUGAAUUUUUACAGAUUGACAAGUUGUUUUCUGUGUUAAAUGGAGAAGAGUUAGUAAAUUAUCUCGGGUUGAUUUCGCAGAAUAAACAGGCCCUAGAAUAUAUUUGGAGUUCUGGUUGUGGAGAUAAGAUCCCUGAUGCUAUUCCGACUCUUAUUGAAUGGGGGCAACGGAUUGAGGCUGUUAGGGUUAUUUGCACCUUCAACUUAAUUGACAAGUUUCCCCCGGGACCCCUCUUGAAACAACAUGUGGAGAUUGCGAGGAAGCGUUUCCAGUCACUUAUCUCGAAAACAAAACUACUUGGUAACGAGAUUAAGGCUGUAAACGGAGAAAUAGCUGAUCUAAGAGCUGUGAUUGAAUGCAUUAAAGAUUACGACCUAGAGUCGGAGUACUCCCCCCAGGCUAUUGAAACAAAAAUAGCGAAGCUGCAGAAACAAAAGGACGAGUUGAUACAGAAGCGUCUGGCGCCAUGUCACAAGGUUAAACAACCGCGGAAAAAGAAGAAUAAACGCACUGCCAAGUUUCAAGCACAACAGUUUAAAUCUAAACGUCAGCGGGCAUCAAUAUCAGCUUCCCCACCACAUCCAAAACCAAAUCCCACCCCUGGAUAUGUAUCGCCGUCAUAUUUGCCGCAUGAAAACAGCAGACACCCCUGGAAACGUCAGCGGCCAGAAAUAUCAGCUGCCGCACCACAUCCAAUACCGCCGCUGUCAUAUUUGCCGCUGUCAUAUUUGCCGUACGAAAACAUUCGACACCCCCGGCAAUUUGGUAUGGUUGCCAACGAUGUAGGCAUUUCGACAGGAACUCGUUACCAUUGCGACGGGUUAGAGCAUUUGGAACGAGUUGUCCCAAGUAUUCACCCGAGAAGAAGAACGUGGAUGUGAUCAAAUCAGAGAUGAAUCCAAGUCCCCUGUUAGUUAUUUUGGUUAAUUUUGGAGCAACCAAUCAAUCAGAUCUUGCAAUUUGUUAGAUACCAAGUGAUUGGGAGAUCUGCUUCACAAUUUGUACAGCAGUAAGAAGUAAUAUCAUUUUAGUCCCUCACUUUUAAAAUCAAUUAAUGUCUUCCCUAACACUCAUUACUGUACAUUAAUUUGGUCAUUCAGUUAAGAUUUUAUCAACUAUUCUAUUAGUUUA